AUGGCAACUGUCGCACGAAUCGAUUCUGGUCUUGAAUAUGCUCGAAAUAAACUAUAUGGAAAUGCUGAAAAAGAAUUUACGUCAUUAAUUACUGAAGAUUCAACAAAUGCAGAUGCUUUUUACUAUCGCGGAUGUGUAUAUAUUCAUCUUAGUGAAUACGAAAAAGCUAUUAAUGAUUUUAACAUAGCUAUUUGUUUAAUUAAUCUAUCACCUAAACAUGAACUAUCGGUAUUAUAUAAACGUGGUUAUGCAAAAAUUAAAGCAAAUCAAUUUGAUUCAGCUUUAGAUGAUUAUCGACACUAUUUAAAACAAUGUGAAAGUGAUACAAAACUAAAGAAUCUUAUGCAUAAAGGACUUUUUCAAAUGGGAAUUAUUUAUGCAGCAUUGAAUCAAUAUGAAUCAGCUAUAGAACAUUUUACUAAGGCCAUUUACUCUAGUACAAAUACUGAAGAAGAUAAACAAAAAUUGUAUUAUUUAUAUCGUGAACGUGCUUAUGCUUGUUGCGCAAACUACACUAAAGCACAAGAAGAUCUUAGUAUAGUUCUUGCACAAAGUAAAGAUCCAUUUAUUAAAGGUUGUGCAUAUAAUGAAUUAGGUCAACAUCAGGAUGCCUUCAGGGAAUUUGAUAGUUUAACGAAACCAAAUGAAAACAAAUCAAAAUUAGCUCAAACAUUUAAUGAUCAUAUUCUAUUUCGACGAGGUGUUUCUUAUGGGUGUCUUAAAAAACAUGAAGAAGCAUUGCGUGAUUUUCAACAUGCAUUAGAUAAUUCAGCACAAAGUGCAUCGAAUAUUACUGACCGAAUAUUAUUUCGUAAAGGUAUGUCCAAUAUGGCUUUAGAUAAUUCACAUCAAGCAUUAAUUGAUUUCAAUCAAUCAACUGAACUUAAGAAAAAUCAAUCAGAUGUAUUUUAUGCACGUAGUAUGCUUCAUUAUACAUUAGGUCGAUAUGACGCAGCUGUUUAUGAUCAAUAUAAAGCAAUGGAACUUGAAAGAAGAUCUUUACCAUUAGCAUCUGAUCAUAAAACAAUAUAUUAUCCGGAUAAAAAUGGUACUACUCAUAAAUAUUAUAUUUAUUAUAAAAAUAGAAUACAUGAAGCAAAAGAUUUGUUGAAGAAUAAUAAAGGUAAAGAUACUUUAAAAGAAGCGGAUUUACAUCGAUUAAUUGCUGAGUAUUUACAAAAACAAGCAUCAUAUUCAAAUGAUUCGUUAUCAUUACAUAAAUCAGCACGUGGGCAUAUAAAAACUGCACGUACACUUUCAAAGGAAUCGCUGAUGGAAGAUUCUGUUGCCCUUUUCAUUAACAGCUUGUGUCGGGCUCAGCGCCUUGAUAAAAAAUACUCAAAUGGAAAUAUGCCCGUAUCCAUUAUGGAAGAAUAUAUUAAGUAUCAAGCAGAAUAUAUUAUGGGGAUGAGUGAUUUAUUUGACGAAUGUGUUGUUAAAAGAAAUUGGUCUGAUAUAAUUAAAACAUUACUUGAUGAAUGUCACAAAUCAAAUAUACAGCAAAUAUGUCGUUUCGAUGAAAUUCGCAUUGAAUAUGCUCAAAAUCAACUGAAAAAGGCUAAAAUGAUACAGAAGGCAAUGAACCGUUUUACUGAUUCACCUGCACAGCAAGAAUUUUAUCAAUUUUUAGUCAUUCGUUUAUGCAAUUUGUUCGAUGGUGUUCGUAUAGCUAGUACAGGCAUUUUUUCACACUCAUUAGAAGGCACGUUUACCAAAGUAUCGUGGGCAUUUAAACUUUUGGGGAAAUUGUCUCAAUUUGCACCUGUUGGAUCUGAAUAUGGCAAGAAAUUAUUUGGUCUGUGUGAAAUUGGUUUUAAAAAACUAGAUGAAACACGAAUUGAAAAUACAUUAAAUCAUAUGGGAAGUCUAGAUAUUCAAACAAUGUUUAAUGAAACAGCUAAUAAAAUUGCUAUAGAAUUAACUACUAUGUAUGAAAAUCAAAUUAAAAGAUUUCCGACAAAGUCUGAAGAAGAUACGAUUGCGGCUGCCGAUAGCAAUCAGCAACAACAAAGUUGUUGUACUAAAUGUGCUAGUUGUUUCAAACGAUGCGGUCAUUGUUUAAGCCGAACUAAACACCGUAUUACUAACAAAGCUGAACAAACAAUCAUACAAACAGUUGUUGAAUAUGGAGUUAGUUUAUUUUUAAUUUGUCUUACAAGCCUCUCAGCGGAUGAUAUUCCUAAUCUUACAGAUAUACAAAAUGUGUUCGUUAAUGCAGUAUGUCGACCGUCUAAAAUGAAUGUAGCUCAUGCAGUGGCACUUGUCAGUAAAUUAAAACUUAAAAAUGAUAAAGAUGACAAAGAAGAUGAAUAUUGGAACCCAUAUGAUUUUUUUCGACGACCAGCAAUUUGUUUUAAAGAUGAAACAAUACGAGCUCGAAAUGAAACAGAUGAAGAAAAAUUUGGUUGUCGAAAACCAACAAUGGAAGAAGAAACAUUAUUAAAAACUGAACCUGAAAGAUUAGAUAAAUAUGGUUUUAAAAUAAUUAUGAACAAAUGA